GCACGAUUACUAUAUGCAGGUAUGCGGGGGUCCUAACAAUCUGAACCAAUUACAAAAUGCUAUACUAAUUCCGGUUAGCAUUAUUGGGGAGAUUGCUAUCUUCUCAUCAUUAUUACACAUUUUAUAAACAAUAAGUUAUGUAAAAUUUUGUCAACGACAAUCUUUUGAGUGCCGGCUGUACUCAAUCUACCCCUACACACACCAAAACUCGUCUACACUCGACCCCAUUAACUGUAUGCAAGUACAUUAACCUCUUUCCCAGUUGUUUACUUUUACUUAACUAAAGUCUUAUCAGUUGCGCCACGUGCUGCGCUAUAUUAUAGAUUUGUUAACAUUUAAUUUUGAAAAAGUGUAGUUUCCCCUACAGUAACAAGAAGAUGAUUGCAAAUAUCGAAAGUAUUAUACAAAAGAAAACACAAACAAUUCAAAAGAGACCCCAGGAAAACCCCACGGGCCUGAAGCACGAAUGCGCCGUGUUCGGGGUUAUAGCAACAAGUGUUUGGCCUUCCAAAUUGGAAAUUGCACAAAUAAUAUGCAUGGGAUUGGAAGCCCUACAGCAUAGAGGGCAAGAAUCAACAGGUAUUGCAGUAAGUGAUGGGGAAGAAUUUAAAGUGCACAAGGGCAUGGGCUUAGUCAAACAUGUGUAUAACAAUGACAGUAUUAGCAAAUUGCAGGGCAAUUUGGGAAUAGGACAUACACGGUACUCUACCAAAGCCAAAUCAGAAGUAAUAAAUUGCCAACCGUUCGUAGUACAUUCCAUACAUGGCGCUCUGGCCGUUGCACACAAUGGGGAGUUGGUAAACUGCUCGAGUUUGAGAAAGAAGGUCUUGGAAAGGGGCAUAGGGCUUUCCACCCAUUCUGACAGCGAGUUAAUCACACAGGCUCUAUGUCUCAACCCCCCAGAAGGCGAAAUAAAUGGACCAGAUUGGCCUGCUCGCAUUAAACAUCUGAUGCUCUUAGCUCCUCUGAGUUACUCAUUGGUUAUUAUGCUCAAAGAUCGUAUAUAUGCUGUUCGAGAUCCAUAUGGAAAUAGACCAUUAUGCUUAGGAAAAAUCACUCCUCUGAAUAGUCCCGAAAAAGAGUUAAACGAAGACCAAUGUGAUGGGUGGGUUGUGGCAUCUGAGUCUUGCGCGUUCCUUUCGUUUACUCGGUAUGUAAGGGAAGUUCAUCCUGGAGAGAUAGUGGAAAUGACCAAGGACGGGAUCAGGACGGUGGAUAUCAUAAAACGACCGGAAGGGAACGCACAAGCGUUUUGCAUUUUCGAAUAUGUCUAUUUUGCUAGGCCAAACAGUCUCUUCGAAGGGCAGGAAGUGUACACUGUGAGAACCAAUUGUGGUAGGCAGCUGGCACUUGAGCACCCUGUAGAAGCUGACAUAGUCGGGUCUGUUCCUGAGUCUGGAAAUGCCGCAGCUUUCGGAUAUGCCACCCAAGCGGGAAUCCCCUUCGGGGAAUUACUGACAAAAAACAAUUACGUCGGAAGGACGUUCAUACAACCCAGUAACAGACUGAGGCAGCUGAAUGUCACUUUAAAAUUCAGUCCAAUACUAACGAAUGUGGAGGGUAAACGUGUGGUUCUUGUGGAUGAUUCAAUAGUCCGGGGAAAUACCAUUCUUCAGCUCGUUCAUAUGCUCCGAAAGGCGGGGGCUAAAGAGGUUCACAUUAGGGUAGCUAGUCCACCACUAAAGUUCCCCUGUUACAUGGGCAUAAACAUUCCCACAAAAGAAGAACUGAUCGCAAAUCAGUUGGAUAAUCUCGAUUUAACAGCGAAAAUCGGUGCGAAUAGUUUAGCAUAUUUGAGUGUCGACGGUCUAGUAACAGCAGUACAACGCGAUCUAAAGAAUCGUAAUAUAGAAUAUGGCCACUGCGUUGCAUGCUUGACGGGGAAAUACCCCGUAGAUAUUAACUCUAGUACCCAGUGGUGAAGAAAAACAACAAAUAAAAUACUUUCAUUCAAAAGAGUACUUAAUGGAGACUGUUGUUUUAUAAUAAUAUAUGUCAUAAACAUGCCUAUGUAAUUGUUUUUUACAAAUAAAUGUCUAGAAUCGC